AGAGAACAUUCAGAAAGUGAAAAUGACAGGUCGAGGAAAAGGCAAAGCUCCGGGCACCAAGUCUAAGAGCCGUUCAUCCCGGGCAGGACUUCAGUUUCCUGUUGGUCGUAUCCAUCGUCUCCUUCGCAAAGGCAACUACGGCGAGCGUGUCGGCGCAGGUGCUCCAGUCUACUUGGCUGCCGUACUGGAGUAUCUGAGUGCUGAGAUUCUCGAGUUAGCUGGAAAUGCUGCUCGGGACAACAAGAAAACCAGGAUCAUCCCUCGUCACCUGCAGUUAGCCGUUCGAAACGAUGAAGAGUUAAACAAACUUCUUGCUGGUGUGACUAUCGCUCAGGGUGGAGUUCUUCCCAACAUACAAGCAGUGCUUCUACCCAAGAAGGCGGAGAAGAAACAACAUUAAGCUCCCAGCUUAAUAACAAACUCAAAACGGCUCUUUUAGGAGCCACCAAAUGUUGAUAACAGUCAUGUUCCAAUACAAAGAUAAGCGGCCUUAUAGCAAUACAUCAAAGUUACCAAAAACUGCCUCCUGUUAGGCAUUC